AUGCAGGCGAUUCAUGGAGUUCAUUUUAGAGACAUACAAUCCAACUCGAUUGCAUUACUGAAAAAUGCCAGAGUUCUGUUCAUUAUGUUUGAUGGCGCUACAGAUGUAGCAGUAUGCGAAAAUGAGAUAGUAUAUGCCCAUGUUGUCGAUGAAAAAGCCCCAAGAAAUGUUUUUGUCAGCAUUGUAAACAUUGAAAAUGCUCAUGCAGAAGGUGUGCUGGCUGGAAUUGUGUAUGGUAUGGAAAGUGUUGAUGAAAAAGGCUGGCACUGGAAAGAGAAACUGAUUGCAAUGGGGUCAGACGGUGCCAGUGUAAACCUGGGAAAACGGAACAGUGUGACAAAACACUUGAAAGAUCAAAUUCCACACCUUGUAGCUAUGCACUGUGUAAGUCACCGUCUGGAACUAGGUGCACUGGAUGCAAUGAAGGCAAAGGAUGCCAAAGUAUUUCUGGAUUUGAUAUCCGUUCUCCUUAACUUGCAUAAGCACUAUCAUUAUAGUCCCAAAGCCCUGAGGGAGUUACAGUUGCUAGCAGAAGCAAUGGAGGAAAAAAUGAUAAAGCCUGUUAACCUUCAAGGCACAAGGUGGAUGCCCCAUCUUAGUAGCAGUUUGGAGGUAUUGCUAAAGCAAUACUGUACGUUUGUAGCUCAUUUUGAAAACACUGUGGAGGGCAAAAUUGGCACAGUUGAUGUUCAGAGCCGUGCAAAAAACAUUCCUAAGCAUCUGAAAUCCUACGAUCUUCUGCAUUACAUGCAUUUCCUGAAAGAUGUACUUUCUGUUUUGAGCGAGCUCUCAUUGAAGUUUCAGGAAGAUAGGUCUGGCCUUCCAGAAGCAUUGGAGGCCUUGGAAACAGCGUGCUUACAGCUGGUGGCGCAGAAGCAAAGGCCUGGUGAAAAGCUUCAAAAGUUUAUAGACGCAAUUGAUGACAAUGGCAAAUUUCUUGGAGUACAACUCAGUAAGCCAACACUGACUCCAGACAGAUUAAAAGAGCGUCAGAACUCCCUCAUCGACCUCGUUAUCGACCACAUAAACAAGAGGAUGGGCGAUAUUGACUCGGGUAACAUUCUGAAGGAUAUGCAAGUGUUCUAUCCGGUCAAUCUUCCUGAGAUGGAACAGGAAAUAACCGUCUUUGGAGAGAGUGAGGUUACAACUCUAUGCGAGUACUAUGCCCCAGUGCUUAACAGAUAA